AUGACGCAACUGGAGGAAGACGACCUUUUGAACAAUUUGCUGAAAAUUCCAGGCACCAUCAUCAUUUACAACAAUGAUAUGAGCUCUUAUGAUUACAUACUAAACGCUCACAAUGUAGCGCUCCCGCUGACACCGGCAACUUCUACAGCCGGUUCAGCUACAUCGGAACAAUCGGUGGACGACCUGAACAGCAGUGCAUCGAUCGAUGCGGACGUGACAUCUUCGCCAAGUCCCGCAAACCACAACUACACCAAUGGAGUUCCCCAACUGACAAUCGGGUCUCCUAUCUCCCAUGCACCGCUGGAUACUCCCGCUAACUCCGAACUGGAUCACAGCUUCAGCAGUGUGGAACCAUCCGAACCCGUUGUGUGUGACACCCUGGGGGAGCUUAACGCAGCAGAUCUUACCGAAGCGAUCGAGACAGAUGAGCUAGAGUAUGAAGAGAUGGAAACAGGAACCGGGCCUGGGGAACCCCGGGAAGAAGAGGACGAUGAUUCCGAACCGGAACUAACCAAUCUGUCCUGGCUGACGGAGUUGAAGAACAUCACCAACCUGACGCCGUCGGACGCUCCGCUAACGGAUUUGCCUACGGCACGGUUUAAUAAAUUUAUCGCACAAGUACGAAGGAGCCGGGAAACAUACGACAAGCGCAAAGAGCAGUACACGUCAGUGUCGAGCUCGCUGGAAAAACCACCCUUCAACUAUGCACAAAUCAUCGCCAUGGCCAUGCUGGAGGAGGGCCGCAUGACGCUCAAGCAGAUAUGCAAAUGGAUACAGGAAAAGUUUUCCUACUACAAAGUGCACAAAAACUGGAAUAACUCCAUCAGACACAACUUGUCGCUGAGUUUUUUCUUUACCAAAGUACAACGGGCCAAAGAUGAGAAGGGAAAGGGAGGCUACUGGGAGCUCUCUAUGGAUGUGUCAAAGAGCGAACGUCGACGGGUGCGCGUAAGGCAGCGAAACAAAUCAACCAACAAUGGCACACAAUGCAAUCGGCGAUCGACAUCGGCCCGUUUCGAGUUAAAGCAAACUACGAAUGGCAUCAACAACAACAACGAACAAACUGUUAACAAUAAUCUUCCUAAGUAUCCGACGGCAUCAUCCUGCGAGGCAGCGCUCGAAACGAUCGCGACAACAUCACCGGCAACGAUCGAUUGUGUAUCACCCGUUGUUGACGCGCAUCAGCCACAGCAGACCACCCUAGACAGCAAUAAUAACAACUGUGCUCAGCCAGAAGCCGUAGCAACGCCUCUCCAGGUGCAGAACGUAAUGAUCGAUAUUAUUGACAACUACAGCAAAUCAGCAAUGGAAACGGUCCUUCAACCGGUACCAAUCAGUGCCACCGGUGAGAAUGUGGGACAAACGGAGCUCUCUAUCCUGCAACCAGUCGCGGAACUACCAGUCAACGAGGAACAACUGAUGCGAGCUAGUGCGAUGGUAGAAAGCUGCACGAUUAACUUCGAUUCCAUCAUCAACGGGGAAAAUGGUGCCAGUAUUUUCAACACUCUCAACGUGGACGAGAUCUUCUCCGAUAACGAAAUACCGCAACCUGCGAACGACGACAUCAUUGUGCCAUUCUUCAGUAACGUCCAGCAGGUGCAGGCUGGUCCAAACGUGGUUGUCGAAACCAUUCCCUACUACCUUCCCGACAUGGGGAACUUCGACGAGAGUGAUUUCGGCAACCUGAUAAACAUCAACGAGCAGGAAAUUAGUGACGAGUUCCUCAACGAGCACGGGUUUCUUUAA